AUGCAAUCUGAACGUUUCCCUCAACCUAUAUUUCAAGACCCAGAAUUGGUUAGAAAGGGGGCUUACAUUAACGGUGAAUGGAUCAAUUCUGCUCCCGAAUAUUUUGAGGUAACCAAUCCUGCCAGUGGCGAAGUAAUUGCAAAACUACCUGAACAACCUGUCUCUGAGGUCGAGAGAGCCAUCGAUGUAGCUUUCAAUGCUUUUAAGACUUAUAAAAAUACACCCCCAAGAGAUAGGGCUAAGUGGUUAAGAAAUAUGUACAAUUUAAUGAUUGAAAAUAUUGACGAUUUGGCAAAGAUCAUCGCUUGGGAAAAUGGUAAAGCCAUGUCUGAUGCAAUUGGUGAAAUCAAAUAUGCCGCAUCUUAUUUUGAAUGGUAUGCUGAAGAAGCACCAAGAUUAUAUGGUUCUACAAUUCAGCCAAGUAACCCUAAUAAUAGAGUCAUUACUUUAAGACAACCAGUCGGUGUUUGUGGUAUUAUUUGCCCAUGGAAUUUUCCCAGCGCUAUGAUUACUAGAAAGGCUGCAGCUGCACUAGCUGCAGGUUGUACUGUAGUAAUCAAACCAGAUUCUUCCACUCCACUUUCUGCAUUAGCUUUGGGUUAUCUUGCUGAAAAGGCAGGUAUUCCAAAAGGUACUUUAAAUAUUGUCCUCAGCCAUACUAGGACUCCAGAAUUUGGUUUGAAAUUAUGUGAAUCACCAAAGGUGAAAAAAAUUACUUUCACUGGAUCAACAAAUGUUGGUAAGAUCUUGAUGAAGCAAUCAGCAUCAACGUUAAAGAAACUAUCUUUAGAAUUAGGAGGGAAUGCUCCUUUGAUUGUUUUUAAUGACGCAGACUUAGAUCAAGCCGUAGAACAAGCAAUUGCCUCCAAAUUUAGGGGUUUAGGUCAGACCUGUGUUUGUUGCAAUAGAUUAUACGUCCAUUCUUCCAUUAUCGAUGAGUUUGCUCAACGUAUGGCAGCAGAAGUCAAAAAGUUUUCAAUUGGGUAUGGUUUAGAUCCUAAAAAUACUCAUGGGUGUUUGAUUAAUGACAAAGCUGUCGCUAAAGUUGAACAUCAUAAGAAGGAUGCUAUUGAGAGAGGUGCCAAAAUUGUUGUCGAUGGUGGAUUAUUGCCAGAUUUGGGUCCAAACUUCUAUGCUCCAGUCAUUCUAUCUCAUGUUCCACAUGAUGCUUUGGUUGCAAAAGAAGAAACAUUUGGUCCAAUGUGUCCUAUUUUUGCCUUUGACACUUUAGAAGAAGUUGUUGAACUUGCCAAUGACAGUGAAUUUGGUCUUGCGUCAUACGUAUUCUCUAAAAAUAUUGACACUGUUUACACUGUUGCAGAGGCCCUAGAGUCCGGUAUAGUUUCUGCUAACACAGGGUUGUUUUCUGAUUGUUCUAUCCCAUUUGGAGGUGUCAAGGAAUCUGGAUUCGGUAGAGAGGGUUCAUUGUAUGGUAUUGAAGAUUAUACAGUCAUAAAGACAAUCAAUAUCGGAUGUUUACCACCAAGAAUUUAG